AUGUUCACCCGCAUCUCCACUGCUGUUUUCAUCCUUCUUCUCAACUUGAUGGCUGUCAAUGCAGGGAUAGUACCAGCUGUUCAAGCUGUCGGUGACAUUGCCAAGCGUAGCGACGCUGUGGGCAAUUAUGAGGAACCAUCCCUUUACGCAGAGCCAGUAGUACGCAACAAAGUGUCUCCAGCAGCGUGA